CUCUUCCUAUAAUAACAAACAAGCAUUCAUUCUUAGCAAAAUACAAAACAAAAGAAACAUAUCAAUUUCAGUUAGCUAGUGUAAGAAGUUGUGUGUUGUGUUCAGGAGUAUUAUUUCAAUGGCGUCAAGGCAACAAUUCGAGGAGAAACGAGCUGAAGAAGCUGCCAAGGUUGCAGCCAAAGAUCUUGAAGAAGUGAACAGAGCAAGAGAGAAUGAUUCUGGUGACCAACAGAAGCGUGGUGUGAUUGGAUCAGUGCUGCAAGCUGUUCAAAACACCUAUGAGAAUGCAAAGGGAGCUGUGGUUGGCAAGAAGGACAACCACCCUGCAGAUAUUGAUGCUAAUGCUAACAGGGGAGAAGUGGUUGAGGUUAUUGGUGGCACUGAAGAGGAUGUAAAAGGCGAAGUGAGAGACAUAUCAGCAACCAAAUCCUAUGAUACUUCCUCUGCCACUACUAACAAAGCAGGUUCCAAGGUUGGGGGGGAGUCCACGGAUUUCGCCGCGCAGAAGGCGAAGGAAACGAAGGAUGCGACGGUGGAGAAAACCGGUGAGUAUGCUGGGUAUGCAGGGGAGAAAGCUAAAGAAGCGAAAGACUACACGGCGGAGAAGGCAAAAGAAGGAAAGGACUCUGCUGCUGAUGCUGCCAAAAGGGCUGUGGGUUACUUGGGUGACAAGACAGAGGAAACCAAGCAGAAAACUGCAGAAACUGCUGAGGCUGCAAAGAACAAGACUGUGGAGAACACACAAGCUGCAAAGGACUCUGCUACUGAUGCUUGUGAAAGGGCUAUUGGUUACAUGGGUGACAAGAAAGAGGAAACAAAGCAGAAAACCUCAGAAGCUGCUGAGGCUGCAAAGAACAAGACUGCAGAGACAACAGAGGCUGCAAAGCACAGAACUUCAGAGGCAAUGGACACAACCAAGGAAAAUUUGAGUGGAGCUAGUGAAGAAGCAAGGAGGAAGAUGGAAGAGCUUAAGCUGCAAGAUAAAUCUGGGGAUCGUAGUGGUAAGGUGGCGAUCAAAGUGGAAGAGACUCGACCAGGAAGGGGAGAAACGCUGAAAGCAUCAGAUCAGAUGUUUGGGCAGACAUUCAAUGAUGUGGGACGAUUGGAUGAUGAUGAUGUAGAAGUUAAAACAGCAGGGCUCCUUGAUAGAAAGUAAUGAUCAUGUAAAAGCAUUCUGCAGCAAGCCAACAACGAUGUAAUAUGGGGAUGAUAUAGUGUCAUGAAACUUGUUUGUUUACAUUUUUGUUAGCUGUUUUUGUAAGUGUUUUGUAUGGUCUUUUUGUAAUUGGUUUUGGGGUCUCUUAUGAUUAUGGACUGUGAAGAAGACAAUAAUAAACAUUGUUGGCGUUUCUGUAAACAGAUAUUAGCAAAAAACAAAAAGCAACAAAUUGAUUUUCACACUCAAA